CAGUGUGUCCCAGGAAGAGGGAGGGGGCAGCUCCAGACUGAGAAGAAAACUACUGCAUCCAUGAAAAUUGGGAGCCACGGAAGUUACUUGAGCAAAUGUCAACAAAUUGGAAGCAUUAAACUUCAAGUACCUCCGUUAAACUAUUCGGGACGGUGUAACAUGAGUGAGGGCAACCCAACAGGGGAGAAGCUGGAGGAGUAUGUGGAAGCAUUACAAGACUACCAAUAUGAGCAUCAUGGUCAGACUUUCAUCAUAUCAAAGGGAGAGAUCUUCUUGGUCCUCAAAAGCACAAAUAAUAUUUGGUGGCAGGUGAUCCGAGCUGGAAGCAAGCGAGCUUUUUAUGCUCCAGCACAACAUCUGCAACAUAAAAGUUUAUCGGAAGAAGAAAUGAAGAAAAUAAUAAGUGGUCACAACUCAAGCUCUGAAAAUGUUACUUUUCAAAGGAGAUCCCACGAGCUUGAUGGAGGAGGGGCCUGCUCAUCACAAGAACUAUCUCCAAACAGUACUCAUGCUGCUAGUCAAGCUCUUCGGUCUUAUCCAGGACACCUUAAAACCUCACCUCUACACAUUUCCAAGUCAAGCUUAAAUGAGGGCAGUGCUGAAUCUUUUAGACAUCAACCAAUAAAACCCUUCAUCAAGUCAAGAUCCAUUGAUGAGUUGAGGUCAGGUGGACGCAGUCACUCCACCCUGGAUAUCACCAAGAUACGGGAAACCAGCAGUGAGGAGCUAGAUAGACGUUCCAGUGGGAGUAUUCAGCUGAGUCCACGUCUCAGGUCCAGCUCAUUUGACUUAAGAAUGCCUCCCAAGGACACGGAGAUGAAGCAGGGGUCUCUAGACAAGCCCCGUAAUUCCAGGAUCUCCAAAGAUCAAGGGGAUAGGCGACGAUCAUGGGCAUUAGAGAACUUUAGGCCAUCACUCAAGAGAGGGGAGACAGUGGAUGCAGCCAUUGUGUUGGAUGUACCACCUGAGCUACCCCCUAAAACAAGACCCAAGCGUGGACUUAGCACAUUUAGCUCAAAUCCUGAGAAUGUUGGUCAUCUGGAAGGACCUAUUGAUAUCAAGGUUGAGCAAGCUAGAAUGGCCAAAGCAGGACAAUCAUCUUUAGGAAAGGAGCAACAUGCUGGUAUGGAGAUAGAGAGGAGGCACUCGAGACAUUCUUCAGACCCUUUAUUACUUUUGGAGGAGAAGACAAGCUAUCAGGAAUCCCAAAAUGGCAAAGGCCCACCUAUUGCCCUUCCCAGGAAACUGUUGCCCCCACAGACUAGCUUUAUGGAGAGCAGACCUGAAGUUCAGCCUUAUGUAGGUGACUACACUCAUAGAGAUGCCAAUGGAAACAAGGUUAAGGAAACUUCAAGCCAGAGCAGCAUUGCAAGCAUGUCCUAUACCACCCAUGAGGGUUCUGGUAAGACCAGAGAAUUUCUAGGGAGUUUCAGACAAAAAAGUAAGGCAGGUGAGCCUCCACAAGGAAAAUCUUCAGGCACACCAGAGAUGAUCAUAAAGAAUGACACCAACCCAGCACCACCUCAGAAGUGCAGGCCAGAAUCCCCCAAAACCCUAACUGUCAAGAGCAAAUUCUCGCCAGGUUUUGGCAGUUUCAGGAACAAGAGCAAAAGAGAGACCAAGAAGGAGGAAAAGGAAAAGGAGCCACUGACAAGGGAAACACCCACACCUGAUUCUUCACGUGGAGGGAAAAUAGUACAGACCCCACCAUCUCCACGAUGUCCCCCUCAAAGAACACUUAAUGGUGAUUGGGGUGAAUACAUUGAAGAGGUCUCCAAAAGACCUUACUACUACAACUCUGUUACAAGAGAGAAGCGCUGGAAGCCUCCCCGGUGUAGCAAAGGGACCACUUCUAAUUCCAUCUCUGAGGUUCUUUCUACUGGGACUGAGGAUAGAAACUGCAGAGGAAAUGCACCCCAAUGUCCUCCAAAGUGUCCAACCCCAGAUUACCCAAACUCACCAAGGUUCUCCCACAAGCCCUUCUCAUACACUUGUAAUCCAGACACAACACCAAUCCAUUCCACCCAUCCGCGUGUUGUUGCCCAUAACUCAUCCUCCACCACUACUCCACACUCCACUACUUCACAAACCCUCACUAACAGCACCACAUCUGCCAUCCGCAGCAUGUCUCCCCCACAGAUAUCAGGCAAGUUGAUGCCUCUGUCCUUUGCAACUCCUCCAGCUGUGCCCCCAAGCAGUGCCAAACCUACCUUUCCCACUACACCCACAACCCCCGAGUUUGCUGACUUCACUGCUGCCACCACCACUGACGAUCAAAAUUAUGCUCUCCUUGACAUUCUGUACAAGAUGAAGCUUCCACGUGGCUGGGAGAAGAAGUAUGAUGCUUUCAAUCAAAGGAUCUACUUCCACAAUGUUGUGACUCGAGAAAGGCCCAGAGGAGUGUCGUGUGUGUCAGAGUUGGAUAUAGCACACCUAAAUGACAGACAGUACACGCGCAAGUCUUAUCAAAGCAACAUGGACCUGAGUAAGGAGUUACAGCUGGAUGCAAAUGUUUUAGAGGAUGAUCGGUCUGUCCCAGCUGAUGAAGUUACUUCCAGUGAACAGAAAAUACCUCCUCCAAAACCACCGCGCACUCUUAGCUUGGCACCAGAUGCAGUGGUUAUCAUGCCUAACAGACUGCAACAGAUGGAAGGCCAGAGCAGAGUUUUUACUUCACCAACAGAUCAAGCAUCAAUAGUGGUGGCUGGGUCACAAGUUUCAUCUUUCAAUCCCAUGUCAAGCUUCUCUAAGCCUCGUGGACAUUCCAGAAGUAAAUCAGAGAGCUCGAGAAACACUUAUGCUGCAUCAUCAAAUUUGGGCACACAAGAAUUGAUCCCAGUUGUUGGAGGAAGAGCAUUGGAUGUACAAAGAGAAACAUCACAGUCUUCCUCUCCUAGCUUAGACUUGACAAGAAGCAAAUCACCAUCAUUAAGAAGCAAAUCACCAUCAUGCAAAACAUCUUUAUCACCUCAAAUUUGCAAAUUCCCAGUUCCCUCCAGUCGUACCAGCCACAUUAAAGAAGAUAUAAGAGAAAUUACAUGCACACUGCCCAGAUUAAUUAUAGGAGAGAAGGGGAUAACUGGGAAUGCCCUUGGAAAUCCAAAGGAAAAAAGUACUCAUACACCACUGUCAAGCUCAGAAAAUGUUACUGGUGACUCCAAGCAGGCUAGUACAGCAGAAAUAGAAGGUGUCUCUGAAGCCUCCAGGAAGCAAUACAGCAGCAUUCUUCAAGAGUUGAGCACUCACAGCCUCAAACCUUCAAAAUCUCUUCUCCCAUCACCUAAUGUAGAGGAAGAGCAGGGCUCGGCAGGUGUUCACGUCAAAGAACAAUACAGUGAUAAAUCCUCAGAAACAGAAGCAUUCCUACUUGACACGCCAUUUACUCUGUCUAAAAUGUCAAGACUGAACCAGUCUCGAAAGGCUAAACAAACAUCUGGAUUAAGAUUCAGAAGGUACUCGGGGGACAAUCUCCUAGAACCAAGAAAUCAGAUUCGAAAUUCGUCAUUUAUUACUCAUGAUGAGGAUGGCUCUAUUCUUGAGAAUAAACCUUUGUCAAAGCUGACCCAGAUGGCCGCCAGUGAGGGAGUUAGUAUAUUCCAGAAAGGGUGGCCCAUGGAGCUGGUUGUUCCUCCCAGCCUGUUAUUGGGCUCUUCUGAACUGAAUGACUCACCUAGAAAUGAUGACUCUGAGGAGUCAUCUCCUACCUGCAACUUCAGUUUUGAUGGCCAAGAGUACAGGAGUUUCCAAGAUCCUGAUAAGUGGCUGGCAACAAGCAGUGAUGAGGGUAAGGUGUACUACUAUGAGGAAUCCGGCACCAAGAGUGCAUGGAGAUUGCCGGAGGUUGACGAAACAGAACUACCUGAUCAAGAGGGUUGCCUCAGCCAGCCAUUGUCAUCUCCAGCUGAGAACUAUAGACUCUCCAACAUAACAGAGAAUCUAUCUGAGCUGAGUGACAGGAUCCUUCGGGAAGGAUUCCUACACCGCACCUUCCUGAUGCGGGACAGCAAGAAGGUGCGCAAGAACUGGACACACUCCUACACUCGCUACAUUGUGCACUCCUUCAGUAAUGGCUGCUCAGGCAUCCUCUACUUCACCAAGAACAAGGAUGAUGAAAAGAGGUAUGAAAUCUUUGAGUUCUUCUCACCCUGCUACUUGGAGCAUGCCUCUGACAAGAAGACCAGCCGACAGCUUGUAUUGGGGUUACGUAAUGGACAUGAUACAGAAGUCCUACUGCAGUUUGAAGAGAAAGAGAUUGCUGAGGAGUGGCUGAAGGUCCUUACCUCUCAUGAAGGGAUAGAGUACAGUGCAAACACAGAAAAAGAAGACAAAAAGGGAAAAAAAGGUGCAGAAAAGAUUAAGCGUGAGACAAGUGUAGAGCAACUCAACCCAGACAGCAAGGGAAUCAAAGACAAACUUCGCAACUUCAUCAGAAGAAGACCCAUGAGGGAGACUUUAGAGAACAAAGGCAUUUACAAAGAGUCUGUGUUUGGUAGCACAUUGGCAGAAUUGAAGUCCCAAGAUAAGACAAAUAUACCUAUAUUUGUACUCCUCUGCAUUCAAAACAUUGAGAAGAAUGAAGAAAAUCUGAAGACAGAUGGCCUCUACAGAAUAUCUGGUAAUGCAGCCCAGAUUCAGAAGAUAAGGUUUGAGGUUGCUCAGAGGAAGUACAAUGUCCUGAGUCAAGAGAAGGAGAUUCACAACCUUUCUGGUGCACUGAAGCUUUUUUUCCGGGAACUGAAAGAACCUCUGAUCCCUUACGAAAACUAUGAUGAUUUCAUACGUGCUACAGGUUCAGAAUACCGGCGGAUGAACCAGCAAGCUGACAAGCUAAUGAAGGCUGUUAACAAGCUACCUGCAGAAAACCGUGAUACCCUUAGAGUCUUGGUCCAGCACCUUCUUAGAGUGAGUGAGUAUGAGAGUGAGAACCGCAUGAGCCUCUCCAACCUGGCUAUUGUGUUUGGACCUUGUCUUAUGUGGCCCAAGGUGACUCUGUCCCAUGACCUCAUGACAGAUGUAAUGCUCCACAACCGUGUGGUGGAGGGACUUCUAUGUGAUUUUAAUAAGAUUUUCUCAAGAAGGUGAUUAGUUGGCACUGUGAUAUGCAAAAUUUAGCUCUGACAUGAAGUAGGUAUUUUUAUCUUUUUAUACAGAUUUCCCUGUCAUUUUAUCUUCCUUCAAUCUAUGACCUGAUGAAAUACCUGAAGAAUGCUUUAUAAUGAGUCUUGUUACUAUUAGCUUCCUAUCAGACCAAGACUGGGAGAUCCCUCAUAAAGAUGUUAAGGAUUCAAAUUCAUUAGUGAUUAUCCUUGGGGUUGAGGCAAAUGAGAAGAACCUGGAUGUGGGAGUAGGAGGAGUUUGGCUCUUCCAGUGCCAUUGUGCUGUAACAGAAGGCACCCAUGUCCCCACACUCAUUUACCUAAAAAUUACGUAGGAAACAUGUCUCUUAAAACCAUUUUUUUAAUCUUGCUUUUUUUCAUUAUUUUUUUAUUUAUUUAUUUUAUUUUGUUUUAUUUUAUUUUAUGAUUUUUUUUUUUUUACUCUGUAUUAAGUGUUUAUUUGCCAUAAAUAUGGAGACUACAGUCUGAAUUAGUGCUCAAUAUACAAUUUGUGAAUGUUAGAAGAAAUUGUUAAGCAAUAUUUUAUUAGUAUGGCUACUUUUGCAUGAAAUAUGUAAAUUUUGUUAUGCAUUCCAGUAGCAGUAUGUGUAAAGUGCUAUUUAUCUAUUUACUGUUUUCGUGGUUCAAACAUGUGAUUAAAAGACAAUGAAAGUUUGAUUAUAUUUUAAGGAAACGUGGACCCAGCAGUCUGUUUUGUAAAUGUAUACUACACUCAGUAUUGUGUAUUCCUAUGUUUAUUGUUAUGUAUGUUAGGAAGCUGGAUCUUCUCUCAGCUGUGUGUAGACAUCAUAAUGUAGGUGUAUAGAACAGGUCCUUGGUGUGUAUAUUUUGCAUGGACAGUGAGAAGUGUAGCCUGCAUAGUCAAGCCUCAAUGCUUUCAAAGCAGGAAAAGCCAUAGCAAGUCUUAGGACAAGCCUCAAGGUAAGAUAACAAUGCUAAGCAAAUGCUUUAAGUGGUAUUUACAUUAUGGAAUGUAACUAUAAUACAGAUUUAUACAUUCAGAUAAGUUAUUAUAAUCAGGUAUGUUUUAAAACUUAUUCCCAGAAUUUAUUGCUUUGGAAAAAUUUUACUGUUCAGUCUUAAUAGUUUUUUCUCAAUUGAUUUUUCAGUUAUGGAAAAUGUUUACUAGAAUCAUUAACCCUCCCAACAAUCACUGACAAGCAUGGAGAUGUAUUAAUUAUAAAUUCAUUUACAGACUUAAUUUUAUGUUUUGUUGCCAUAGAAAUUCAUGAUUUAUGCUUCUUUUGAUCUUCAUGUUACAGAUUUGUGUACUGUUAUUGUUGUUUGAUAAUAGUUCAGUGCUGCCCACUAUUCAGUAUUUAUGUUCAGUGAUGGGCAUCACUAUCUAAGAUGAAAGCAGAAGUCUCCCACUCUGAUCCCAUUCAUAAAGGAGAGGUCCCUUCCUUUGUUUGGUUACAGGCCAACUUGGCCCAUUGCCAACUUGGUACAUGACCAAGUCGGCCCACCCAUUGUGUCAGCCCGUUGUGUGUACCAACUCAGCUCAUUGUAGUGUACAAAAGGGAAUGUUUGCUAAGACAUGAAAUACAUUUAUUAUAAUUAUUCAAAGUCCUUUAUGCACUGAUUGAAAACAUAUUCUACAAGUUACGUAACAUAUUUGUUUGAUGCAUGUUAGUAGGUUAAAAAAAAAAAAUACUCAAUAUUAAAAUAUCAAGGCAAUAUGAAAACUUAAAUUAUACACGGAAUGAAAUUAAAGCAAAAUAAAAACAUACAAUUCUAAAAAAAAAAUAGAACAAAGAAAAAUCUAAUAGUUAAAAGCAAAAAAUUACCAGCCAACAACGAUAAAAUAAAACAAAUGAAAAGAAAUAAAACUUGCAAAGUCUAAAGUUAAAAUAAAUAACUUAAAAAAAUCACUAUAAAACAUACACAGAAAUGCGAUGUGACAGCUCAUAGAAAGUUUUUCACCGAUCUGUCACCAGCAUUGUGCUUUUCCCAGAGGCAUAUUUAUUUUUUAUGAUGUCUAGCCUAUUAUGUUCAUUGUUAAUUUUGAUGUUACUUGUUGAAAUUUGGUAAUGAGAUAGACUAACAAUUUAUUCAUUGAUAAGCAUGUGAGAUUUUAAUCUUGCUCCACUGUGCAAACCUUGAUAUACUUUGGAUGAACUAUUGAAUUAUGUACAAAAGAUUUUUUUUUAAAAAGCACUUGUAAAGGAACCUUUGUAGUAUGCUGUGAAAGAACACCUACAGUUAAGACUGUUAACUUUUUUUUAUUUUUUUAUUUUAUUUAUUUAUUUUUUUUUUUUACCUAAACUCUCCUAUUGCACCUAUUGGGAUCUCACUAAAUUCCCACACACCAAGUAUUGAUCAGACAUGUCUCUGCAUAGAUGACCCUGUCGUGAUUGUCACUAAUCUGUUUUGUUUUCACUAGACUUAAGGAAAAGCAUUGAGUUUGAGAUCUAAGUAUCAAAACUCUUGACUGCAUCAUGUUUUGUUUGCUGGUAAAGGUUCACUAAACUUGAGAACAAGCAUUGAUUGAGAGAUCGAAGGUCACAAGAAUAUGUUCAUGCAUGCAUUGCUCAUGAUAGUUUGGCUAUUCUAAAGAUUAUGUUAGUGCACGGGUUGCCUGUGAUAUCUUGGAUGAGCUGGUUCGGUUUGUUGUGAUUGGUGAUUGUUAAAUGAAGCUCAUGGCCUGAGUUGGUAUUCUGAAAAGGUCUGAGUUGGUUCACUAGAUUGGCCAAGUCAAUUAAUAGUGAAUGGUCUGAGUUGGCAAUGGGCUGAGUUGUUCUCCUCAGAAGUAGGAUUAAACUUCAUUACUCUGCCACUCCACUCUUAUUUCCUCUUUAUUUGUAAAUAAUGAUUUUUAUAUAUGUCUAUAACUACUAAAAACAUAAAAAAAAAUUAAAUGUAUUGCCUUUAACCAUGGAUAGUUAACAAGCCAUAAUUUUAAAAAUUUUAUGUGGAUUCUGAAAUUUCUAAUAUUUUUCAACUCUUCCAGACAUAUUUACUGAGGUCUUUCUCCAAACACCAAAUAUUCAUGCCUGCCAAACAUUCACUCUACCAUAGGCAUAAUUAACUUAUCUAUAUGCCCUACUAAUUUUAUGAAGUAACCAGGAGAUUCUUGGAAGUGUAAUUUUACUAGUUUAUGCUUUAAAACUGCUAUAAUAUCCAGAACACAAUUUUGUAAUUGUUAGAAAAAAUAGAGUGCAGAGUAUGUAGAGAGUGGGGAGUAGACAUAAGAAAUUAUAUGCUAUGGUUUUCCUUUUCCAAGUUUUUGUCCACUUUUCUGCUUUAGAAAAUGGAAGCAGAGUGACAGAGCAGAGAAUGUACAAAUAGGCUGGUUAAGAACACUGCUAAUAUUUACGUUGUUCAAGGCUUGAUGAAUGGCAUGACUAAACAUUUGAUACGAAACUGCUUACAGUUAACAUUUAUUCAAGUAAUCCAUCCCUAGAAACACUACUUACCAGUUUUUGUUUAUGAACAAAUCCAGCAUGGAUGAAACUGAACUUCACUGUGAUGGUGUUUGCAUAUGUGUAAGACCACAGUUGCUGUCCAUGUAUAAUGAGGCACAAAGCUCUGCUAAAUGUAUGCUUUCAGAGGGUGAGCUGUUGUAAUGGUACAUAACAGAUAUGUAGAACAGCAGAGAUAUGGGAAGGGGAGGCUGAAACUGAUUGUAGUCAUAAUCUACAUUCCCUUUUAUUAUUUUUAGAAUACAAACUACUAUAUAUCCACAAUUCCUUUUUGAAAUAUUAAUAUUUCAAUAUCCAUGGUAUUCACUUUUUAGGAAAUGUAAUCCACUUUUCCUGUUUUUUGGGCUUACAAGAUACACAUUCCUGGUUUUCAUUUUCAGACAGGUGGAGUACACAUUCCCAGUCUCUUCAUAGGUACAGUGAUGGGUCAGUAACUGAGUAAACUGCCUCUCUUACUUUCACUGCAUUUAAUGUUUCCUCAAUUGUAAGUCUGUUGUAAGCUGUAACAUCUGCUGUGUAUCUUUUGUAGGAGAUUGCCAGUAGAUCAUAGGAUGCAAGAUUAAAGAAAAUCAUCUAAACAUAGUGAAAGUGAUUGUGACAGCUCAAUGAUGUUCAACCAUGAUUGUACACAAUAUUAAAUAUGUUAUCCUGAUUUUCAUUAUAAAGCAGGCAUGGUUCACAUUCCAGAUUGCAUACACUCACAUUACCCACCCAUCCUUCCACUCAGCCUCUGUACCUUCAUUUAUGAUUCGUCCUCUCCCUCAUAUUAGUGUAUAAAUCAGAAUGAGCGUUUGAGUGGUGUGUUGGGUAUCUGGUAACUGUUACUACAUUUCACAGGUUCUAUUUUCCAAAAGAUAAGGAAACUUGUUUUUCUUAUGUACAAUUUUAUAGAAAAGUCAAAACUUUGACAUUUGUUUGGUUGUAAGGUGUGUGUGUGUGUGUGUGUGUGCUGAAAAUUUGCCCAGUGAUUAGAAAGCUGUUGAUACUCUGUACUUUUAUCACAUCAUGCUUGGGUAACUUGUAUAUUUUGAAUAAUAUUGUAUACUGUACAUAGGAUAUAAGAUGAACUGUGUGUGUGUGUGUGUGUGUGUGUGUGUAUAACCCUCAUAAAAGACUGUGACUGUCUUGUGUAAGGCUUGUAUGAUGGUCAGGGUCUACUGUGUAUAUAAAUAAAAAUUUGCAUUAC